UAUAGAAGACCACCAGCAACACCCAUUGUCACUGCAAACAUGGCCACUGAAGAUAACUUCAUCCACAUCCUUUCGAAAAACACAGUUCACCCAUCACCAACUUCAUCCCAAGAAGAUAAGCAUGGUCUCAACUCUAACAUCAUCCACCUCACACCAUGGGAUCUUAGGAUGCUCUCAGUUCACUACAUCCAGAAAGGCCUCCUCUUCACCAAACCACAACCUUAUAAUCCCCACCAAACCAUCUCCCACCUCCUCUCUUCCUUCUCCCUCACACUCAACCACUUCUUCCCCCUUGCCGGCCGUCUCAAAACCAUCAAACACAACACCUCUUCCCCAUCUCUCACCAUCUUCUUGGACUGCAACAACCAUGGCGCUGACUUCAUUCACGCUUCUGCACCUCAAGUCAAAAUCGCUGACAUUGUAGAACCGUUGUACACCCCUACUUUCGUCUACUCUUUGUUCCCUCUCAAUGGAGUUCUCAACUACGACGGCCAUACUUCACCGUUGUUGGCCGUCCAAGUUACUGAGUUGGCUGAUGGUCUCUUCAUUGGAGCCUCGCUCAAUCAUUCCGUUGCUGAUGGCACGUCCUUUUGGCACUUCAUCAACUCAUGGUCUGAUAUAUGUAGAAAUUAUAACAAGAACGGUGAGAAUCAUAUCUUGGUUCCUCCGGUUCUCGACCGGUGGUUUUUGGACUCGCAUCCUCUGCCGAUACGUCUCCCGUUUGGGGAUUCAGUUGAGUUUAUACGACGAACGGAGUUACCGCUGAUGAAUGAGUGUUUUGUUCAGUUCUCAAGGAAGUCACUUGCUGAGUUGAAGGCGAAGGCGAAUAGUGAGAUGGGGAGUGAUAAGAUAUCCACGCUGCAGGCUUUGAUGGCUCACGUGUGGAGGUCAGUGACGCGUGCUCGUCGGCUUGAGGCUGAGCGGGAGACUACAUAUGUGGUACUGGUUGGGAAUCGGAAUAGAGUAUCCCCACCAAUACCUGAAGCUUAUCUUGGUAAUACUGUGUUUUGGAUUUCAGCACAAGCCCAAGCAGGAGAUAUUAUAGAGCGUGGUCUUGGUUGGGUUGCAUCAUUGCUCAAUAAAGCAGUAGCCUCUCAGAGUGAGGCGAAGGUACACCAAAUGCUUACGGAGUGGACUAUUGAGCCGUCAUUUGUCUACACAGAUGAAUUCAAGCCUACUAGGUUGGCUACGGGAAGCUCACCAAGAUUUAAUGUGUAUGGGAAUGACUUCGGGUGGGGACCUCCAAUUACUGUUCGAAGUGGGCUUGGAAACAAAAUAGAUGGGAAGGUCACUGUGUACCCAAGCCCCGAAGUUGGAGGCAUGGCUUUGGAGAUCUGUCUCUCAUCCCUAGUGCUUGGCUCUCUUCUUAAAGAUGAGGAGUUCGUUGAAGUUGUGAAUCAAUCUUUUGGGUAAAGUUGGGUGCACUACUACAUAACUUUCUAUUUGUAGCGGUCAUAAACCGCCGCAAAAUGCCUUACAACCGUUGCAUAAGAUCUAUUACAGCAAUUUGGCAGCCACUGCAUCUGCUCCCGUUGAAAUAGAUUAUUGCAGCGGUUAUCAUAUUGCAACGGUAUCAGACUGUCGCCUAAACAGUUCCAAUUGGCAUUGUCUUUUGUAGCGGUUUUUAAUUAUGCAGCGGUUGCUUCAUAUACUACAGCAGUUUAUUUUGCAAAGGUUAUUUUAUAUAAUGCAGUGGUUUGUUAAUACCUAUUACACCGGUUUUAUAAUAUAUAUUGCAGUGGUUUUGUAAUAUCUAUUGUAGCAGUUUGGUAUAAUACAUGUUGCAACGGUUUA